UGUGCCUGACGCCUGUUGUUGGCUGUAGGUGUGAUCUCACCAGCGAUGCUCCAGAAGCUGCAGAACACGGAGAUUAUCCGCAAACUGACCGAGGAGUUUGAUGAGGACAGUGGCUAUUACCCCCUGUCCACGCCGGGCCCGGCGUGGAGGAAGUUCGGGGUGACGCUCAGUGAGUUUGUGCGGGUGCUGGUGAGAGGGUGUCAGUAUAACGUGUUGUAUGACGAGUACAUGAUGGACUCCCUGAUCUCCCUGCUCACCGGCCUGUCCGACUCACAGGUCAGAGCCUUCAGACACACCAGCACCCUGAUAGCGCUGAAGCUGAUGUCAGGGCUGGUGGACGUGGCUCUCACUGUGACUGUUCACCAGGACAAUCAGCAGCGACAAUAUGAGAGCGAGAGAAACAAACCCCCCGGCAAGAGAGCAGCCGACAGGCUGGAGACCCUCCUCCAGCAACGCAGCCAGCUACAGCAGAACCAGGAAGAGCUGGAGAACAUGAUGAACGCCAUCUUUAAGGGAGUCUUCGUGCACAGAUAUCGAGACUAUGUUGCUGAGAUUCGUGCUGUGUGUAUGGAGGAGAUUGGGGUUUGGAUGAAACGUUACAACGACUCCUUCCUGAACGACAGUUAUCUGAAAUAUGUCGGCUGGAUGUUACACGACAAGGAGGCUGAGGUGCGUCUGAAGUGCCUGAAGACGUUGCAGGGACUUUACUCCGACAAGGAGACAGCACAGAAACUGGAACUGUUCACCAACCGCUUCAGGGACAGGAUGGUAUCGAUGGUGCUGGAUGUGAAUUACGAUGUGGCUCUUGAAGCUGUUCAGCUCCUGACGUUGCUCUUACAGAAUGUGGAGGAUGUACUGCGAGCCGAGGACUGUGAGUGUGUUUACCCGCUGGUUUAUGCAGCUCAUCGAGGAACAGCAACUGCUGCCGGCAAUUUCCUGUACAUCAAGCUGAAGGCUCUCUGUGAGGAGGAGCAGAGUGAGUUGGGGGUCAAGGAUCGCGGACGAAACAACUUCAACCGGGUGUUUGUGAAGGUUCUUGUAGCUUUCUUCCUGGAGAGUGAGUUACAUGAACACUGUGCGUACCUGGUGGACAGUGUGUGGGACUGUGCCGGGUCAGUGCUGAAGGACUGGGAGAGUAUGACUGAGCUGCUACUGGAGGAGACAACAGGAGACCAGGAGGGGCUCACUGAUCAGGAGGAAGACGCUGUGAUACAGCUGAUGGUUUGCUCCAUGCGACAGGCUGUGGAGAUUCAUCCCCCCAUCGGCAGGACCUCAGGGAAAAGGUUGCUGACGGCGAGGGACAAGAAGCUGCAGGUGGAGGACAGGAUGAAGCUGUCAGAACAUCUGAUUGUGGUUCUUCCUCAACUGCUCGCCAAGUAUUCCGUGGACGCAAAUAAAGUUGCGAACCUGCUGUUGAUCCCAGGAUUCUUCGACCUGGAUGUUUACAGCAGCUGUCGUCUCGAGAAG